CCCAUUAGCACUAAAGAGGAUGACCCAAACCAUUCAGUCAUUUGGAAAUGAUCAUCACCCACCCUGUGUCUCACAUCAGCGAUUAAGAUAGAAUAUGACCCAUCAAGACAGCAGCCUUUCCUGAAUGUUUAUGUCAGGCAGUUAACAGUCAACAUCCUACACACAGCACUUCACCCCUCCACGCCCCUGCUGCUGGCACAGACACUCCAACAUUAAACCAUUUUUAUCCUGCCUGGUGUUUACUAGAAGCCUCCAGCCUCGGCACUUGGGAUGUCACCAAUAUCUUUAAGUGGGAAGCAUCUGGGUAUGUGGGGGUGACAACAGAGGCAGAGGUUACUGGCUGUCAAGUCUGGAGACAUGAGCUGUAUCAGAGGCUUGUGACAGCCUAGAUGGAUCUGGCCAGGAGGCUACUCAUCUUCCAAAUCUCGUCACUAGAUCUGUGAGGUGUUGCAUCCUAAAAUAGUCAGACAGAGAGAGUAUAAAGACACCCACAGGGACGCUUGGCCUUCAGAGGAACUCCACUGUCGUUACACAGGGGGACACUGGACAGCAAGAGAGCCACACUGAGAAGCACUGCUUGAUCUUUCUGCAGGAAAACAACUGCCCUUGCUUAUUUUUAAGACUUUUUUUUUUGCAAGAACUAAGGAAAGUCCAAGUCUGACCAGGAUGAAGUACUAUCAGUGUCCCAUGACCCAGAGCAUGAAGAUCAAGGCUUACACCCAGGACUGUGGUGUCCCAGUUAGCUGCAAAAGCUCAGCUUCGCUGAAGCCAAGCCGCAGUGUGCACUUCCCCAAUGACAUCGUCUUCCAGGACUAUGUGCGACACGGCGAGCUGGAGAGGAUUGGACUUUUCAUCCGAGCCAGAAGAGUCAACCUGGACACCAUCUACCAUUCUGGCAUGGCUGCCCUUCAUGAGGCCGUCCUGUCUGGGAACUUGGAGUGUGUAAAGCUGCUAGUCCACUACGGAGCAGAUAUCCACCAGAGGGAUGAAGAGGGAUGGACCCCACUGCACAUGGCCUGCAGCGAUGGCUUCCCACAUAUUGCACGCUACCUUCUCUCGCUGGGUGCCGACCGUGAGCUGGAGAACGACUGCGGAGAGAAGCCAGCUGACCUCAUUGAACCAGACAACAAGGAGCUGCUGGAACUCUUCGGGCUGGCUGUCAACGACUGAGAACAUCUGGCUUUAAAGCCACAAUCUCGUCUCAAACCUACUGACCAGUCACCUGUCUGUUCUGCGGGGAAAAGCCAGAAAAAGCCACUUCAGUCCAAUAUCCUGAUUUUGUGAGCUGCUUCAGCUCUGGGUGUCAAGGACUGUGGAUGUGUGGUGGAGGGAGGGCUGACAGAGCCUGCUGCUGCCUCCUGAAAGGAGAGAACUUCUGCUGGCAGGGGAUGGCCACUGAUCUCCAGCAGGGCAGAUGUACUAUAUUCUGUGAGAGGUCUUCCGGUCUUUUUUUAAAGUAAACUUAAUGAAUGAUUUUAUAUGGCAUGUCGCUGGAAUUAGGAUGGCUUCUGAAUGUUGAAACUUGUGUUGCCACUCAGCUCAUUAGCAACUCUCUGAAAGCUAAGAGUGGCAAACCAUACAGGCUUGUGUUGACUGCCAACUGUUUACAGUUAAUCAGAAGUUAUAAUCACUCUGUUUUUUUUAUUUUAAUUCUUUAAUUCUGAUUGUAUUGAA